AUGGGUAAUAGGCAAACAAAUUCAUAUUCCUAAGAAAAGCAAAAAAAUAAAGAAUAAAUGUAAAUAAAUUCUUAUUUAUAUUUGUAGAUUAAAAGAAGGAUAAAAAAUUGAGGAGGGAAAUUCAAUUUAUGAAGAUUAUGUUUGGGAUUGUUAUAAUUCUCGUUUUUUAAAAACUUAAUUCUAUAUUAAUAUAACUUCUAAUUAAGAAAUCAAAUAUACAAAUAUUGAAGGAUCAAUUCUUAGAAUGUAAGUUUUAUUCAACUUAAUUAAAGAGAUUAUAUUAAAGACACUUCAAAAAAACCAGAAAUAUUAACUAAAUUAGAGUAGAUUAAAUAUCUUAAUUGGUAAGGAGAAUAUGGAGAGAAUUCAAAGAAAGUUGGAAAGUGGACUAUUACUUGGAAGGGAGAAAUUUUGGAAAAUGUUGGUGGAUGGUACUCGGAAAAAGAUAAUGGAUAAAAGGUAGGAUUAUGGAAAGAAUUAAUAAAGAAUUAUUGGAGGUGUGUUUUAAUUUAAAAUUUAGUAAAGCUUAAGUCUAUGAAAUUGGAGAAUACUAAAAUGGUUACAGAAUAGGAUAAUGGAAAUAUAUAUAUAAUAAUCAUUAAAUGUAAGAGUUAUUUUUAACAUAUUUUAUAGUGGGGGUGGAUUUUAUAAUGAAUCAGGUUAAAAAAUUGGAAAAUGGAUUGAUAUAAAUGAUAACUUUUGGGAGUAUAUGAUUAAUUUAUUAUAAAAUAGGCAAAGUUAUAUCACUCUUAGAGGUGAAUAUAAAAAUGGUAUUAAAGUAGGUUUGUGGAAUAUCUAUUAUAAUAAUAAUGUUGGAGAAUAAUAGACUUUUUUAAUGUAAAAUAUUAAUAGUUAAGGCUAUAAUUAUAGUGGAACUGGAUUAUUUGAUGAUCAAGAAAGAGGUACAAAGGUAGGAAAAUGGAUUGAAAUGAGAGAAGGAUCUUGGAGGUAAAUCUUAAUUUAGAAUACUAUUUAUUUAGAAGAAGUUUAAUAAUUCUUAUUGGCAACUAUAAAAAUUAAGAAAAAGUUGGUUUGUGGGAUACUUAUUAGUUUUGGGAUAAAAAUAUUAUCAAAAUGUAAAUUUUAUAAUAUUUAAUAUCUUAUACACAUAAUUAGUGGUAGUGGAAAUUAUGAUGAAAAUGGAGGUAAUAUUAAAGUAGGGAGAUGGAUUGAGUUGAAUGAUGGUUUUAGAAGGUAAAUGAAUAUUAUUAAAUAAUUAACAUUAGUGAUUAUUAAGUGAUAUUUAGAGGUGAAUAUUAUUGUGGUAAUAAAGUUGGUAGUUGGGAUACGCAAUGG